CAUGGCACCUUCGAACGUCAGGCUUAAUCCUCUCGGAGGAGCAAUUUUCAUUUCUGUAGUUUUGCUUGUAUUUUUCUAUGUAUUUGGCUUUCCAACGAUGUUCCCUGAGGAACGAGUUAGUAUGAGAGAGUUGCUGUCAGCUAGCAUAGUACUAGCCAGGCGAGGUGGAGACCGAGUACUCGCCAUUCGGAGAGAUGACACGUUGGACACCAAGAAGAAAGGAGAGACGAAAGAAGGGGCGAAUGAGUACGUUUCACAGGGCGACAUGAAGUCUCAUGAACAGAUAUACUACGGAUUGAAGAAGCUGUUUCCUAAAAUGAAUGUUGUGUCAGAGGAACAUGAGAAGAAACCUCCGAGUUUUUCCUCCAUCCCGGAUGUUGAUCUUCACCUGCAGGAAGUGCUUGCGGGCGUGCAGGAGGACCAGAGCAUUCCCAUCAGCCAGAUUACAGUGUGGAUUGAUCCUCUGGAUGCAACUCAAGAGUACACGGAGAUGAAGGAUAAAGAUGGGUCGGACAUGCUGCAUUAUGUGACCACGAUGGUUUGUGUAGCAGUGGACGGCCAGCCCACCAUUGGUGUCAUACAUAAACCGUUUGCCAAUGAUGACAAAGGGGAAACUUCCUGGGCCUGGGUUGGGCAUGGGAAGUCCGGAAACCUGCAGAACGGCGCUCCCUCUAGUGUUGGUGAGAAGAGAAUCAUUGUGUCCCGCUCACACGCAGGGACGGUGAAGGAGGCUGCACAGGAGAGCUUAAGUGAUGUGAAGAUAACGCCUGCAGGGGGAGCAGGUUACAAAACCCUGGAGGUUGUUAAGGGCAACCAGGAUGCUUACAUCCACACAACCCUGAUCAAGAAGUGGGACAUUUGUGCGGGCAACGCCAUUAUCAAGGCCCUCAACGGCAAGAUGACCACCCUGAAUGGCGGGAAUAUAGACUACAGCCAAGGGCAUGUGCCCAAGAAUGAGGGCGGCUUGCUGGCUACACUUUACGGACAUGACCUCUACCUUAACAAACUAGGAAAGUUAAAAACUCAGUUGUAGCUUUAGUUCAAGUAAUAUCAUAUAUAUCAUCCAUUCAUUGUCUAAAGGCCCAAUAAGCAUAAUAUGAAAUAAGAAGGAUGAGCUGGCAUUUUGGCUCUCAAUUUAUGAUAUGCUUUAUUUUAUGCGAUAAUCAUUGUUAUAUCUUUGUAACCAUUCACGAAACUGAUUUACAUUAUACAAUGUUUGAUAUUUGGAUUUGUAUAUAAUAUAAUGCCUUGAAUAUGAAUUAUAUAUAUUUUGGUUAUUUUCAACCAACUGGGUAGGCUUUUUGUAACCAUAGGGUAUUGGAUAGUAUUAUUCCCAGUAAGUGAAGUAUUAGUGUGUAUAUAUAUUGUAAAAUUCUAGAAAAUGAACAAAAUAACUGACGCUCCCAAAAGUGGGUAUUUAAAAAACGCACCAUCUGUCAGCCCGUCUCUCCAGUUUAAUCGUGCCGGGGCUGUAACCUCAUAUUGCAGUCACACUUGGAGUAUUGUAGACCGACGACCCAACUUUAAAUUUGAAGGUUACAUUAUGAGUUGUCCAGGCUGUAACUUUGUCAUGCAUGGAGGGUUUAAGAUUUACUUGACACAUGUGUUUGGUGCAUAAAGAUGAUGUGCCUAAGGCUAGACUAACCUUCCUACCUCAAAUGUAAAGAUCUAACAGGCCUAUCAUUAUGGAAUGCUGCACAUAUGCAGAUAGCAUAUAGUUUGUCCUGUCCUGGCCGUGUCUUUGUCAUGCACAGGGGAAUUUUAUAAUGUAUUGACACAUGUGUUUGGUUUAUAAUGGCCAUAUGUUGCAUGCACGGCCAACUACCUUACUUCAAAUUCAAGGGCUUAGCUGGAUGUGUCAAGUCUGAAAUAUUGUCAUGCUGGGGGGAUUUCGAAAUUACUUUUGGUACAUAAAGGCAAUGUGUCAAAGGUCAGGGUCACACUUAUAAACUAAUCAUUGUUGGUUGAUACAUACAUGACAGGUAACUUGUCUUUUAUGUUUCAUUUGUAACCUGUAUUGCUUCACAAAACUUAUUGUAUGAUUAACCUGUAAGACCCAGGUCCUUACCUCUUACUUCAUUGAUGUCAUUCAUCAUGUGGGCCAGUAUAUGCUUAUAGUUUAUAUUAGCUCUUCCUGAAUGUUAGCAUAUUAGAAAUUGCAUAAUUUAUUGAACUGGAUGGCACUUUGGGGACAUUCGUCAUUUACUGUGACAGCUCUUGUUUUUUUAAAGGUUAGUAGAGAAAUCACCAUGCAGCAUUUUUCAGUCUAGAACAGCGAGCUGUAUAUAUAGCCACUUUGUGCCUUACAAUAAGACUGUAUGGUAUGUUUAUCAUGUAUAUAUGUGGAAGAAUCUCAGUUUUGUCUACAAUCUCUCAUUCAUUUAUCCAUUGAUUGUAAAAUGCACAAUGCUGCUGCACUGUCAUCCUUAUGGAAUCAUAGUUUCGCUUUGCAUUUAUAAAUAGACUUUUAAUUUCUUUCAAGAACAUAGGAAUCAGGAAAUAAAUCUACGGACUAGUAUUAUAGAUAUAUAUGUAAGUAUAUAGCCCCAAAACUUGAUAUGGGUCCAUCUUUGUGCAAUACACACAACAUCGUUUUAUACAAUGUUUGAAGUUAAAGCUUUAAUUUAUUUAUUUAAUCAUACAUAAGGUUAUAGUUUACCCCUGUGUUGUUUUCUGUUGUUGUUUUUUCAAAUAAAAAUAUUAAUAGCACUUAACUUAUUGGAAAUUAGUUAGUAUUUUACAUCGGAUUAUUUAAUAACACUUUGACCGUUCAUAUGCUAUAUAUGCAUGUGUUCAGAAUUUCAUGUCACUUUGAAUUCCAUUACAAUUUUCUGUGAUAUUCUUGUAUUGUAUUCUUAUAUGGGCGUUUAAUAAGGUUGUGUAAUAUUUUAAUGUGUAUAUUAACCUAUUAAGGUGCUUAUGUUAUAUGGUUUUAUUAAGGUUUAUUAAAAAAUCAUGGAGUCAUUUGUGUGUCAAUUGUCAAUUGCUCUCUGAAAUCAUGGAGUCAUUUGUGUGUCAAUUGCUCUCUGAAAUCAUGGAGUCAUUUGUGUGUCAAUUGCUCUCUGAAAUCAUGGAGUCAGUUGUCUGUCAAUUGCUCUAUGAAAUCAUUGAGUCAUUUGUGUGUCAAUUGCUCUCUGAAAUCAUGGAGUCAUUUGUGUGUCAAUUGCUCUCUGAAAUCAUGGAGUCAUUUGUGUGUCAAUUGCUCUCUGAAAUCAUGGAGUCAGUUGUCUGUCAAUUGCUCUCUGAAAUCAUGGAGUCAGUUGUCUGUCAAUUGCUCUCUGAAAUCAUGGAGUCAUUUGUGUGUCAAUUGCUCUCUGAAAUCAUGGAGUCAGUUGUCUGUCAAUUGCUCUAUGAAAUCAUUGAGUCAAUUGUGUGUCAAUUGCUCUCUGAAAUCAUGGAGUCAUUUGUGUGUCAAUUGCUCUCUUAGUCUAAAAUCAUGGAGUCAGUUGUCUGCCAAUUGCUCUCUGAAAUCAUGGAGUCAUUUGUGUGUCAAUUGCUCUCUGAAAUCAUGGAGUCAGUUGUCUGUCAAUUGCUCUAUGAAAUCAUUGAGUCAAUUGUGUGUCAAUUGCUCUCUGAAAUCAUGGAGUUAUUUGUGUGUCAAUUGCUCUCUUAGUCUAAAAUCAUGGAGUCAGUUGUCUGCCAAUUGCUCUCUGGAAUCAUUGAGUCAUUUGUGUGUCAAUUGCUCUCUGCAAUCAUGGACUCAUUAUUUGUGUCCAUUGUUCUCUGCAAUCAUGGACUCAUUUGUGUGUCAAUUUCUGCUUGAAAUCAUGGAGUCAAUUGUGUGUUAAAUGCUCUCUAAUAUUAUUGAGUUAUUUAUGUGUUAAUUUCUGUGCUGUGUGUUCAUUAUUCAAAUAUUUAUGUUUGCCUGGUGAAUGCUAGUCUUAUCUGACUUUCAAGGAAUAUGCCAGUUGCUCAGGUUGUUAAGUUUGUAUUGCUAUUAUGUUGACUAGCAGGGUAUCAUGUUUUCACUGUGAAAUCGAUAAAAUAUAUUAAUUACUUAUUUCAUUAAUUUCAAUCAUUUGUUAAAAAUUUGCUGCAGAGCAGCUGGUUUAGUGUAAUAAUUUAUUUGUGUUGACGGUCAAUAUGUAUGAUGGGCAUUAUCUGCAAUUGUCCUUUUUAGUGUGGGUUAACUCAAACUGUGUUAACUGAGCAUGUGCAUUUACUGCAGCACUGAUCAAAUAUGGUAGAUUGUAUUUAAUCACUAAAUUCAAUCUUUUCUCAUGCUAAUUCCAAAAAACUUAUUGUGUUGAAAUAGAGGGAAUAAUUUUUAAUAAAAUUACAAAAAAAU